UAUUCUAAAGCUGGAAUGAAGCAGUCGUUAUCUGUGGCAGUGCCUGGGCGAUUUUCAAGCCCAGCACUACCCACCCAAGUGGCUGUGAUACCGGCUUUCACUGAAGCCUUAUUACUCUUAAAAGAGCAAUUUGGUUGGUUGCACGGCUAUUAGGGAUCACACAGGCAGCCUGAAAGCUGUCAGUACAACUGCUUCUCAUCUUUUUCACACAAUCCUGACAUCUUUUCUCUUUUCUGCUGGACACAGACAUUACUGUUUUUAUCAUUUUCAAUCAAGCUCACCCAGAACGCUGAGGAAUGUAUUCUCACUGAAAGCAAAGUGGAGAACAGAAAUUAUUUUCUAGCUCCUGGAGUAGAAGCAGUGCUGACUGCGUGCUGAGGAGCAGGAGCCAGAGCCGUGAGAAAUGUAGCUUGGCUCAGGGCUACAUCAGGGAGCUGCUCCUUCAGCUGUUAAAGAUGGCAAAACAACACCUACCUCAGGUUUUUCAAUGAUUAAUGCUAUUUUCAUAACCGGGAGGGAAGAGGAUGUGAGAAAUUUUGUGAAAUUCACUUGUGGAAAUGUUAUCAUCAGAGAAAGUGGGGAAAAUUACUAGGCUGGAACUUCUCUUCGUUUUGAUGCUCCUCUUUUCUGGACCAACUCUGAGCAAGCUGACCCGGACCCCCUGGAAAGGAAAACCUUGGAAGGGGGGAUCUCGACUCCGCCAGGAAGAUUUUCCCCCACGGAUUGUGGAACACCCUUCGGAUGUCAUUGUCUCUAAGGGAGAGCCCACCACUCUGAACUGUAAGGCGGAGGGCCGACCAACACCCACCAUUGAAUGGUACAAGGAUGGUGAGCGGGUGGAGACCGACAAGGAUGAUCCCCGGUCGCACAGGAUGCUUCUGCCCAGCGGAUCCUUAUUCUUCUUGCGCAUCGUGCAUGGGCGCAGAAGUAAACCUGAUGAAGGGAGCUACGUCUGUGUUGCAAGGAACUAUCUUGGCGAAGCAGUGAGUCGAAAUGCAUCUCUGGAAGUGGCAUUGUUGCGAGAUGACUUCCGGCAAAACCCCACAGAUGUUGUAGUGGCAGCUGGAGAGCCUGCAAUCCUGGAGUGCCAACCUCCCCGGGGACACCCAGAACCCACCAUCUACUGGAAAAAAGACAAAGUUCGAAUUGAUGACAAGGAAGACAGAAUAAGUAUUCGUGGUGGAAAAUUGAUGAUCUCCAAUACCAGAAAAAGUGAUGCAGGAAUGUACACCUGUGUUGGUACCAAUAUGGUGGGAGAAAGAGACAGUGAUCCAGCAGAGCUGACUGUCUUUGAACGACCCACAUUUCUCAGGAGGCCAAUUAACCAGGUGGUGUUGGAAGAAGAGGCUGUAGAAUUUCGCUGUCAGGUCCAGGGAGAUCCUCAACCAACGGUGAGGUGGAAAAAGGAUGAUGCAGACUUGCCAAGAGGAAGGUAUGACAUCAAAGAUGAUUACACUCUGAGAAUUAAGAAGGCCUUGAGUACAGAUGAAGGUACCUAUAUGUGUAUUGCUGAGAAUCGGGUGGGAAAAGUGGAAGCCUCCGCUACCCUCACUGUCCGAGCUCGCCCUGUUGCUCCUCCUCAGUUUGUGGUUAGGCCAAGAGAUCAGAUUGUUGCUCAAGGUCGAACUGCAACAUUUCCCUGUGAAACUAAAGGAAACCCCCAGCCAGCUGUGUUUUGGCAGAAAGAAGGCAGCCAGAACCUACUUUUCCCAAACCAACCCCAGCAGCCCAACAGUAGAUGUUCAGUGUCACCAACUGGAGACCUCACCAUUACCAACAUUCAGCGCUCAGAUGCGGGUUACUACAUCUGCCAGGCCUUGACUGUGGCAGGAAGCAUUUUAGCAAAAGCUCAACUGGAGGUUACCGAUGUUUUGACAGAUAGACCUCCGCCCAUAAUCUUACAAGGCCCAGUAAACCAAACACUAGCAGUUGAUGGUACAGCAUUACUAAAAUGUAAAGCCACUGGUGAUCCUCUUCCAGUCAUUAGCUGGUUAAAGGAGGGAUUUACUUUUCUGGGUAGAGAUUCAAGAGCAUCUAUACAAGAGCAAGGAACACUGCAAAUUAAGAAUUUACGGAUUUCUGACACUGGCACUUACACUUGUGUGGCUACAAGUUCAAGUGGGGAGACAUCCUGGAGUGCAGUGCUGGAUGUGACAGAAUCUGGAGCAACAAUCAGUAAAAAUUAUGAUUUAAAUGACCUGCCAGGACCACCAUCAAAACCACAGGUCACUGAUGUUACUAAGAAUAGUGUUACCUUGUCCUGGCAACCAGGUACCCCUGGAACUCUUCCAGCAAGUGCAUAUAUCAUUGAAGCUUUCAGCCAAUCAGUGAGCAAUAGCUGGCAGACAGUGGCAAACCAUGUAAAGACCACCCUUUAUACUGUGAGAGGAUUGCGACCCAAUACAAUCUACUUGUUCAUGGUCCGAGCGAUCAACCCCCAAGGUCUCAGUGACCCAAGCCCUAUGUCAGACCCUGUGCGCACACAAGGUAAUUUCAAUAGCUUUUUUUGUGUACAACUGCAGUGUGAGGUUGACCGCCAGCCUCAGUUUAUUCAAGGCUACCGAGUAAUGUAUCGUCAGACUUCAGGCCUACAAGCCACCUCCUCAUGGCAGAAUUUAGAUGCCAAAGUCCCAACUGAACGAAGUGCUGUCUUAGUCAAUCUGAAAAAAGGAGUCACUUAUGAAAUUAAAGUCCGACCUUAUUUUAAUGAGUUCCAAGGAAUGGAUAGUGAAUCUAAAACAGUCCGUACUACUGAAGAAGCCCCAAGUGCCCCUCCACAAUCUGUCACUGUGCUGACAGUCGGAAGCCACAAUAGCACAAGCAUUAGUGUUUCCUGGGAUCCUCCUCCUCCAGAUCACCAGAAUGGAAUAAUCCAAGAGUACAAGAUCUGGUGUCUGGGAAAUGAAACACGAUUCCAUAUCAACAAAACUGUGGAUGCAGCUAUUCGGUCUGUAAUAAUUGGUGGAUUAUUCCCAGGUAUUCAAUACCGGGUAGAGGUUGCGGCUAGUACCAGUGCCGGGGUUGGAGUAAAAAGUGAACCACAGCCAAUAAUAAUCGGAGGAAGGAAUGAAGUUGUCAUUACUGAAAACAAUAACAGCAUAACUGAACAAAUCACUGAUGUUGUGAAGCAACCGGCUUUUAUAGCUGGUAUUGGUGGUGCCUGCUGGGUAAUUUUGAUGGGCUUUAGCAUCUGGUUGUAUUGGCGAAGAAAGAAGAGAAAGGGCCUCAGUAAUUAUGCUGUUACAUUUCAAAGAGGAGAUGGAGGACUAAUGAGUAAUGGAAGCCGUCCAGGUCUUCUAAAUGCGGGUGAUCCCAGCUAUCCAUGGCUUGCUGAUUCAUGGCCAGCCACAAGCUUGCCAGUGAACAACAGCAAUAGUGGCCCAAAUGAAAUUGGGAAUUUUGGGCGUGGAGAUGUGCUGCCACCAGUUCCAGGCCAAGGGGAUAAAACAGCAACGAUGCUUUCAGAUGGAGCCAUUUAUAGCAGCAUUGACUUCACUACCAAAACCACUUACAACAGUUCCAGCCAAAUAACACAGGCUACCCCAUAUGCCACUACACAGAUCUUGCAUUCCAAUAGCAUCCAUGAAUUGGCUGUCGAUCUGCCUGAUCCACAGUGGAAAAGCUCAAUUCAGCAAAAAACAGAUCUGAUGGGAUUUGGUUAUUCUCUGCCUGAACAGAACAAAGGUAACAAUGCCUUACUUUACAUCCCUGACUACCGAUUGGCUGAGGGAUUGUCUAAUAGAAUGCCACACAACCAGUCACAGGAUUUCAGCACCACCAGCUCUCACAACAGCUCAGAAAGGAGUGGCAGUCUCUCAGGUGGGAAAGGUGGAAAAAAGAAGAAAAAUAAAAACUCCUCUAAACCACAGAAAAACAAUGGAUCGACCUGGGCCAAUGUCCCUCUACCUCCUCCCCCAGUCCAGCCCCUUCCUGGCACAGAGCUGGAACACUAUGCAGUGGAACAGCAAGAGAAUGGCUAUGACAGUGAUAGUUGGUGCCCUCCAUUACCAGUACAGACAUACUUGCACCAGGGUAUGGAAGAUGAACUGGAAGAAGAUGACGAUCGGGUCCCAACUCCACCUGUUCGAGGCGUGGCUUCCUCUCCUGCUAUCUCCUUUGGACAACAGUCUACUGCCACUCUUACUCCAUCCCCACGGGAAGAGAUGCAACCCAUGCUGCAGGCUCACCUGGAUGAGCUGACAAGGGCAUAUCAGUUUGAUAUAGCAAAACAAACAUGGCACAUUCAAAGCAAUAAUCCACCCCCACAGCCCCCAAUUCCACCAUUAGGUUAUGUGUCCGGAGCCUUGAUUUCUGAUUUGGAAACAGAUGUUCCAGAUGAUGAUGCUGAUGAUGAAGAGGAAGCUUUAGAAAUCCCCAGGCCCCUGAGAGCACUAGACCAGACACCCGGAUCCAGUAUGGACAAUCUAGACAGCUCUGUGACAGGAAAAUCCUUUACCUCCUCUCAAAGACCUCGACCCACCAGCCCAUUUUCUACUGACAGUAACACGAGCGCAGCCCUGAAUCAAAGUCAGAGGCCCAGGCCCACCAAAAAACACAAGGGAGGGCGAAUGGACCAACAGCCAGCACUGCCUCACCGAAGGGAAGGAAUGACAGAUGAUCUUCCACCACCACCAGAUCCCCCACCAGGUCAGGGUUUAAGGCAGCAAAUAGGCCCGAGCCAGCAUGCUGGUCAUGUGGAAAACUCAACAGAGAGAAAAGGAAGCUCUCUAGAGAGACAACAUGCCUCCAGCUUAGAAGACACAAAGAGCUCCUUGGAUUGUCCAGCCAAAACCUCCCUAGAGUGGCAACGACAAACCCAGGAAUGGAUAAGCUCCACAGAACGCCAAGAAGACACACGGAAAGCCCCACACAAACAAGGGGUUGGAUCAGAGGAGGCCUUGGUGCCCUAUAGCAAGCCCAGUUUCCCAUCUCCAGGUGGCCACAGCUCAUCAGGAACAGCUUCUUCUAAAGGAUCCACUGGACCCAGGAAACCGGAAGUGUUGAGGGGAGGCCACCAGCGCAAUGCCAGUGACCUUCUUGACAUAGGAUAUAUGGGCUCAAAUAGUCAAGGACAGUUUACAGGUGAAUUAUAGUAACUGAGAGGAGACAUACAAAGCUGCUCUGAAGGACCAUCAGGUCCCAACUCAUGGACGUGAUGACACUAAACAGUGCAAUGAACAAUUUCUUUUAUUUAUGUACUAUUAAAAGAACUGUAAAUGCAAUGUAAAGACACACAGCCACACAUAUCCCACAGAUAUUUUACUUGUGUUCUUCUCUUAAGUACACCACCCACCUUAACUCUUUCUUGUCAGGAGUAUAUAAAAAAAAAAGAAAGAAAACAAAACUCGCCCUCCAGGAAGAAAAGGAUUUUCCUCUGUAUAUAAUUUCUUUCGUGCAUUGCUAUGCAAGCUCACUCUUUUUAGCUCUGUUCCUAUUAUUGUCUGUUCUUAUUGGUCUGUUGUACUAUAUGUGAAUUAAUAGGCUGUGGUGCCAUAUAUUAACUUUUAAUUGUGUAACUUUUAUGUUUAAAUUUUGCACUGCAAUUUUAUUUGGUGAUAAGCACAAAUCUCUACUCCUCAUGACAUGAAGAAAAGAUUGAAUGUGAAGGGGGUUUCUGUACUGUAAGCUAGGUUGGAUAAUGCUGGUGUAACCCAUCCUGUUAGAUGGUUUUCAGUUGGGGUGUAGAAAUAGGAAGAUGCAAAGGAACAAUGGUGUUGGCAAAGUCUGAACAUCAGGAAUUGAGUCUGUUUUUAAGAGAAGAAAGAUGGAUAUUGCUAUUGACAAAAGCAAGGGGUCAAAAGAAGGAAUUUUAAGUCUUUAGGCUGAAUAUGCAUUAAAAUAUGCAGGUAGCAAAGAUGUACUAAACUUGCUUUAAAAAAAAGAUAAUUAAAGUUUUAUUUAGAAUCAACUUUACCUGUCAUUGUAAUUGACCCAUCUGAGAAUGGCGACAAGCAAAAGGAAAUUAAGGUGUUUCACAAGAGCUGUAUUUAUAUUACAGCUUUUUAAAACAGCAUUUUCUGAAUUACCAUAAUUAAUCUCUCCAACUCAUUAAGUCAGAAUAUAACAUGAAGUUCCCCAAGGAAACAAACAAAAUGAACUCGAGACUAUCUAGCAAGUAAAGAAGCAAUUUAUUAUUAGGACAUACUCAGGCUGCUUCCAAACAUGAAAUCUAUUGCAGUAUCUUGUUUUGUCUUUCUAAUACAUGUACAGUACACACUAGAGGAUAAAACUGCAUCACUUAAAUUCAUGAUUGAAAAAAAAUGCAGUCUAUAUACAACUUUGUGUUUCAUUUGACUAAGACGUAAAGUUGAUUUCACCAAACGUAGAGCCAAAUUGCAAGUGCUUAAAAAGCAGUGCUCAGAGUAUGUUCAGUUCACCGUCCGUAAGUUUAUCGUAAUAAAUAUUUGAUGGUACAUUCUCAGAAAUUGGCUACCAACUAAAAUCUGUUUGACCCAUUUUGAAUGAGUAAAUUGAAUAGAAAAAUUAAAAAGGAGGAAAAAAAAUGCAUGUUUAUACACUUUUUAAAUAAAACCAAAUCUUGUAAGUGGACAUUAAUAACAGUGUCCUGCCUCAUUUGUUUUCACGACUUUGAGAACAAGAAGUUCCUGAACAUCAGUUAUGUAUGCUCAAAAUAAAUGUGAUUUUGAAAUAUAUGUUAGCUACUGUACAUGUAUAGUCAAUCAGUCAAGUAGAAGAUAACCUUCCUGAAAUUCCCACUUGUGACAUUUUUCCCAUGUGCUACCUACACAAUCUUAAAUUCUAGCUCUGACUAUAUUUUCUUAUGUUUUUCCUAUGAUAUAUUCAGUACUUCAAAACUAUUUGAUGUAACAAUCAGGAUCAGUUCUCAAGUAGGAGACCCUUUAAUAAGUCUCACACUCUGCAUUAUUGGCUCGGUCACCGGUUCAUGUCCUGUUGUCAUAGCAAAGGGAUGACAUAGUUCAAUGGCUCCAUCUUUUGAAUUCCCUGAGACUGCAUCAGCACAGGCAAGCCUAGAAUGUGAUGUUCUUUAUGGGCCCCAACAUCUUCUUGGUGUCGUGUGUAGUUCAUUUCUUCACUGAAGAGAAAAGGAAUUCUGAGACACACUUAUUAAACACUUUAUCAACUUUCUACCAUCAGUGCCUGGAUUUUCAUGCAGUUUGAUUUCUCUGGGAUAAAGAGACUGGGAGAGGAGAAAAAGCUUCUGCAAAAAAAUGAAUACAUAAUUAUUCACAACUCUAAGAUGUGAGGAAUUUAUUUUUUAUUUGUGAAGUUCCUUAAUUCACCUUCUUUACUUCAAAACAAAUAUCUAAGAUGUUACAUUCAUUUGUGUUUCAUCUUUUUUCUCCUCAAUCACUGAAUUUAGUCUAAAAUUUUAUCACAUAGAUUAUACAGAUUCUUGACUCCUGGUAACUGGCAUUUGUAGGCAAUUAAUAAACCAAGACUUAAAAAAUAUGUCUUUAUGUAGAUGACAUGUAGAAUAAUUGGAACAUAGCAUCGUACCUUCCUGAUUGUCUUGAGUACACAAAAAAUUAACAGUUAGGUAAUGCAAUACAAACCCUGUGGUUACUUGGAAUGUUCUUUUAGAAUAAACCAUGUUGCCCAUUAAACCUAGUUUUAAUUAAAUUGGCCCAACAAAUCUUCCACCCAAUAUGGUCAUCCUUUUAUAGAGAGCAAAAUAACAUGCUAUGGCUAUAUAAAUUCAGGAACACUCUUAAAAAUCAGAAAUCUUCAUCAACAUGAUACAUGUAUAAAGCUACCAGUCAGUACAAGCCAGAAUGUCAACAGAAUAACACAAAUCUAAAAGAGAACCUUUGUAGAUUUUCAUUGUGUAGCUGAUUGAAUGAAUGUGAUUAGAAAUUCACUGAGCUCACUUGGCUAACCAGAGCCUACAAAAGCCAUCAGAAGGAAACGUGGGUGGGAGAGAAUGUAACUUACCUUGCACUUACAGGCAACACUGCUGUGAAGUCAAGACAGACACAAGUACUGCUUCAUUUAUAACGGGUAAAGUCUCUUUGGAGAAAAUAACCAUGUCAGUGCCCAAACUCAGGUAUGCCAGUGUAUGCCGGGGAGUCAACCCACCCUCCUCUAAAUCUUUUCCAUGCCAUUUUUUAAAAAGUUAGGAUAGUACAGGGGCAUGAAAAUAAUUGAUCCCUUCAGAGGAUUUGCAUCCAAUUCAAGAGAGAAUAUAAGAAAAUGAGGACCAACAUGUUAAGUUAUCAUACAACCAAAGGGAAGUAAAACCAUUGCAAGUUUACUUGCUUUGAAUAGCAGAUUUAAUGGUGUUCUAUGUCAUAGUUUAAUGCUCUGGGUAUUUAAAUAUAUUUUCAAUUGAAUUUGAGUUGAAAGUUUGUAUGUGCUUCGGUGGAACACUUCCUAAUUUCUACUCAAUAAAAAUAUGUAACUGUUCAUUGACAAUAAAACAAUAAUGAUGCCAAUGAGCUCCAAACGGUGGAUUAUCUCCACUGGAAAGCAAUUGUGUGUCAGUAUUAAAGAUAUGCAGAACCAUAAUAUUCACUAAUGUUAGUUUUUUCAUCUGCUUCUGUAUAUUGUGUUUAUAGAGUUACAUGACAAGAAUUGGUGUAAAGCUACAUGUCUUUCCACAUUAUCUUAGAGGUGAAGUUACUUUUAUUUUCCUUCUUUAUAAUGUGUACUUCAAAUGAAGCACCAUGCAUUUCUUUACAUGACAUGCAAUUUACUAAUUCUUUUUAAUUCCAUAAUUUUAAAAGCAUUUAUUGUGACUUUAAAAGUGUUGCAAGAUAAGGGAUUCUGUGGCCGUGGGUAGACUUUUUAUACUUUGUUUUAUAGAUGCAUUUUUUUUAAAACUGUAGUUUGUUUAAGUCACCAAACAGUGUCCAAAAUCUUAAUGUGUUUCAUUUGAUGUUAGAUUGGCAAAGAAAUUGGCAUAACAUUGGUUAAUAGUAUUGUCAAACAAUUGUGUAUUGUGUACUCACUGGGAAAAAAUAAAAUAUAUUCACAUUUCAAA